AUGCCCUUGCCCGCCCCACCGUCCCGAACUGGCUCCAACGAGGGGAACCUAGGCUACCUUUCUUCUCAACAAUCAAAUGUUCCAGGAUCAUAUGGUCACUAUGGCUUUCAGGACCAACAGCAGGGGGCAUACUCCUCUCAAAAUGACCCAGGUUGGAUUCAGCGAGUCUUGGAGGAAAUGAAGGACAUGCUUGUCCUACUUAACGCGGACGGUCGCAUCAACUAUGCGUCACCAUCAGCGAAACAAAUUACCGGCUGCGCUGCGAAACAGUUUGAGGGUACCUUCCUUACCCAGUAUAUACACGACGAUGACAAGCACAUCUUUAUCCGGGACAUGGCCGAGUCGGUCACGUCCAACCAACCAUUUCGGACUCAUGUGAGACUCCAAAAGACCAACAGCACGCAUGGCCUCGUCGAAAUCUAUGGGCAUCCGCAUAUCGCGAACCAAAACCCAUCCCAAGGCCGAAAUGAGUCGAGUGAAGACCGUUGUGCGGGGUUCUUUCUCAUGUGCCGGCCCUAUCCCAACAAAACCUCACUGCUCCUCGACUCCUUCCUGGAACAUAAAAUCGAAAACGCGCGAUUGGUCCAGCAAAUCGCCAAGCUCAAACAGGAGGAGGAGGAAGAGGCAAACAUAACUCGCAUUCCAUACGGCAAGGUCGAUGAAGAUAAACCUUUCAGCGAGAACCCACCUGCCACUAAUCAAGUAGUCUUGAGCGACCAAGAAUCUACCGAGACGGUCGCUCCCAACUCAGACUCAUCCGACGAGAACCCUUCGAUUGACUUCUACUCGGACGACCCACCACGACGUGCCCAAAACCUCUCCCAUAUCGAUGGCAUUGAAGUUAUGACCGGUCUCUACUAUGGCGACGGUGAAAGAUCGCAUGGCCUCAGUACCGGUCUUAAUCGGGGCAGACUGGUACAUUGUGAUAUUGAUAUCACAACGGCAGCAGACCAAGCACGCAAUGCUCAAGAAGGCGACCGACGAAAGAGACUGAAGGGUCAACAUGUCUGCGGCGACUGUGGUACAGCCGACUCUCCUGAGUGGAGAAAGGGCCCUGGUGGUCCUAAGACUCUUUGCAAUGCCUGUGGUCUGCGUUGGUCAAAAAAGGAGAAGAAACGCCAAGAUAUCACAUGA